AUUUCUCUAGCCUCAAUCUCUGAGAUGGAAGACGAAGAAGGCAUCGGCUUAAUUUUAGCCAGAGCCACCGAGCUUAGACUCAAGAUCAGCGAUUGUAUCGAUAGCUCAAGCACCGCCGUCAGCGAAAACGGCGGCGGCGACGGAAACGAUGACAUUUCUCCCGGAGAAAGAAGAAAUGAUGAGAUAAUUGGGAAUCAAGACAAGGAUUUUGACUCAAUCAGCUCUAAUGAUGUAGAUGAAGCAGAAGCUGAACGUCUUUUGCGUAUUCGUGAUGCUCUUGAAUCUCUUGAGUCUCAGCUUGCUUCUUUACAGAAUCUACGGCAAAGACAACAAUAUGAGAAGCAAGUGGCUCUCUCUGAGAUUGAUUACAGUAGGAAGAUGUUGCUUGAGAAGCUUAAGGAAUACAAAGGGAAAGAUUUUGAAGUAUUACGCGAGACUACGACUUUUGCUGGGGAAAGAGUUGAUUAUGAGAACGAUCUUUUACUUCCUCCGUAUCCUGUCCAUCCGCCUCUUUCGCUCGGUUUAGAGAAUAAUAAUGGUUACCUUUCUCACUUACCUUCCAAGAAGAAGUCUGAUGCAAAUGGGUUCGGCUCAGGACAUGUGAGGAACGAUGAGGCAGAUGCGAAAAGUCCUAACGGAGGAUCUGGAGGUUCGAGUCAUGGGGUUAUUCGCUUUUUAGGCUCUGUUGCAAAGAUUGUGCUUCCAGUUAUCGGUGCUAUAUCCAUAUUGUCUGCAUCUGGUUAUGGUCCAGAGAUGAGGAAAAGAGGUGUGCCCUUGAAACUUCUGGGACUUCUCCCGCAGCGAGCAGUCAGAGGGAAGAAAACACCUAAUCAAUGUCCACCGGGGAAAGUUCUUGUAAUAGAAGACGGAGAAGCACGGUGCCUUGUUAAGGAAAGAGUCGAAAUACCCUUUGACUCUGUGGUUGCGAAACGCGAUGUAACUUACGGAUACGGUUGAAUUUGAAAAAAAACACCCUUCUCUGUAAUGUCCAUUGCCUGGAUUCAGUGUGUAAAGUUUCAACCUUCUUUAAUCUCUUAGAUGUGAAAGCCUCAUGGUGCUACAUAACUCUCACAAGUAUUGUUCUUACUUCGGCUUCUCAGAAAAUAAUUUGGAAGAGGGAGAGAUCAAUUUGAGUAGUAUAAUCUCUGUUCUGCUAAUUUGAUCAAUAGAUUCAAUGUAUCCCA